AUGGAAGAACGAGAAAUCAACAAGAAAAGAAAGAACAAUCAUCAAGAAUUCACUGGUUUCAAUAAUGGAGGUGAUGAUGGUAAUGAGCAGGACAACGAUUUGCUUGAAUUAUCUUUAUCGACGACGGCGGCGGCAAACAGAGUUUCAUUUCCGAUGGAUUUGGUGACGUCGGCAAUGUCUUUUCCGGUGGUACCGUACCAACGAGAACAGCUACAAAUGGUUUCCCAACCGUCGUUAAUGGAAACACUGCUUUAUCAACCUCCACCUUCGUUACCACUACAGUUAUCCCCUAACCAUUCUAUUAUAUGCCCCUCACAAGAGCUUGUCUUGUCUUCUUCUUCAUCGUCGUCGUCUCCUGUGGCUGUUUCCGGCGUUGGAUCAGUCACUGUCCCUGUCCCUGUCCCCUCUCCUGGACCUGGACCUUCACGGCCAAUACGUGUUCGGAGGAACACAACAAACGCCUUACGAGAAGGUCAAAGCGAAACGGUUCCUCCACCGUACCCAUGGGCUACAUCCCAUCGAGCCACCGUUCAUACCCUAAACUACUUAUUGUCGAUACCGAUACCAACCAUCACCGGCGACGUUCAAUGCAAGCGGUGUGAGAGACAGUACGAGAUGGGGUACGAUUUGAAAACCAAGUUCACUGAAAUCGCCACUUACAUUGCUCAGAACAAAGAAUCCAUGCACGACAGGGCACCAUCUGUUUGGCGGAAUCCCGUGUUGCCCAAAUGCAAGUUUUGUGACCAAGAAAACAGUGCAAAACCAGUCAUCUCCGACAAGAAGAAAUCCAUUAACUGGCUCUUUUUACUCCUCGGCCAACUCCUCGGUUGCUGUACACUUGAACAGUUGAAGUAUUUUUGCAAACACACCAAGAACCACCGCACUGGUGCCAAAGAUCGUGUCCUUUACCUCACUUACCUAGGCCUUUGCAAGCAACUAGACCCUAAUGGCCCUUUCGAUAGAUAA